AUGGAACGUAUCAUAGAACACCGUCGAGAGGAUGGUUUUCCGGGUAUAGCUAUUCAAUGGGGAGCUGUAGGCGAUGUGGGAGUAAUCCUCGAAAAUAUGGGUGAUAAUAAUACUGUUGUUGGUGGAACUUUACCACAACGCAUGCCCUCUUGUUUAGCUGCUUUGGAUUUGUUUCUAUCAUGGGAUCAUCCUGUCGUCGCAAGUUAUAUCAAAGCUGAUAUGGGUGCUAAGAAAGCAACGAGCAGCGGCAAUUUACUGCAAACUAUGGCUCAUAUUCUUGGUGUAAAUGAUGCUUCACAGUUAAAUCCUGAUGCUAAUUUGGGUGAUUUGGGUCUUGAUUCUCUGAUGGGUGUUGAAAUCAAACAAGCUCUUGAACGCGACUAUGACAUCGUUUUGUCUAUGAAAGACAUUAGAACGUUAACGUUGAAUAAAUUACAACAACUAGCAGAUUCCGGUGGCACAUCAUCAACGGUACUGCAAACAACGGAACUUGAACUCAAGAAAGAAAGUGAAAAGGAAGCUGAACAAAAUACCGUGGAACAGCUUGAAAGACAAAUGAAUCAAUUAUUCAAGAUGAGAGUGGAUGUUAAUGACCUUGAACCAACUGACCUAAUUCUGAAAUGCAACAAAGUAGAAAAUGGACCACCAACUUUUUUUGUUCAUUCCAUAGAAGGAAUUGCUACACCUUUGAAAAGAGUGAUGUCGAAAUGCAAUUUUCCCGCAUACUGCUUCCAAUCAACUCGGGAAGUGCCACAAGAUUCAAUUGAAAAAGUUGCACAAAAAUAUAUCACAGAAAUGAAAAAAGUUCAGCCACAGGGACCAUAUCGGAUUAUAGGUUAUUCAUACGGUGCUUGCAUUGGUUUUGAAAUGGCUACAAUUCUUCAAGAAACGGAUGGUGUAAAUUCCGUCGAAAAGCUCAUAUUACUUGAUGGAUCUCAUCUAUAUAUGCAAACUUAUCGAAAUGUUUAUCGGAUGGCCUUUGGUGUGACCGGUGACACACUUGUUAACAAUCCAUUGUUUGAAUCAGAAAUUAUGUGUGCGAUGACAUUGCGCUUUGCAAAUGUUGACUACAAAAAAUUUAGAGUUGAAUUGCUUCAGCAGCCAGGCUUUAAAGCUCGAGUUCAGAAGGUUGUGGAUAAUGUGAUGACAACUGGUCUUUUCAAAUCAGCUGAUACUAUUGACUUUGCGUGCUGCGCAAUGCGUUCCAAGUUUGUCAUGGCUGAUAAAUAUAAACCAGAAAGAAAAUUCAAAGGACUUAUAACUUUGAUAAGAGCAGAACAAGGAGCUGCAAAAGAAGACGAUGUCGGUUCAGAUUACGGCAUAUCGCAAGUAUCCGAUGAAAGUAAAGUAUUUAUUGUGGAAGGAGACCACGAUAGUUUUGUCCAAGGUAAAACGUCAGCAAAAACGGUAAACAUCAUCAAUGAACUGAUUACGGAGUCAUACACAAAAAGAGAUGAAAAUGUUUAA